GGCUCUCACCGCUAAGCUUGGAAAACCUCUAUCCAUGUGCUACAACGCUCUCCUGGAGCCAAAGCCCUGUGAGAAAAGAUCCUAUAUGAAGCAAUGGGAAGGGGAACUGGGUUACCAACUAACUCUGGCACAAUGGUACGAGGCACUAUCCAAUACAAAGGGCGCUUCCAAAAGCCUCUCGCUGUGGGAAGCAUAUUGCAAAAUAGCCAUGAGAUGGUACCUAGUCCCACAUAGACUAGCAAAGAUUUACAAGGGCACAUCUGGGCUCUGCUGGCGCUGUGAGGGGGGAGCGGGUACCAUGCUACACAUGUUCUGGGACUGUCACGCACUAGGUGCAUACUGGACACAGAUCCAAAACCUUAUUUUGAACACUACAGGUCUCCUUGUUCAAUUGCGUCCAGAACAUUACCUGCUACACAUGAUUCCUGGUCUGUCAUCACACCCCCACAUGGUAGUACUGAUAAACAUCCUCACAGUAGCAAAAAUCUUACUAGCACAAAACUGGAAAAGCCAGACAAUACCUACCAUGGCUACACUCAUGGAAAGAGUGGAUGUCAUAAGCUCCUACGAGAGGAUGGCUAGUAGAGUACAGGGACAGGAAAGAAAGUACGCUGGGAAAUGG